CUACGUAACCCGUUAUCACUAAAAUGUUUAGUUUUAUUUCCAAUCAUUCGUCGAAUGUGUAUGAAGGACUAACGCGACAAUGGUUUUUUCUCGCGGAAUAUCUCGUGGUGGUCGAAGUGCUCUAAAACGGUUUUUAUUAAACGAUUGCAAAAAUGGAUACGAGUACAGACCAUUUUUUAAAGUGAGAUUAAUUAGUACUUCAAAGACAACAUUUGCAGAACGAUUUUUCACUAAGAAGCACGAAUGGGUGGCUGUGGAUGGUAAGAUUGGAACUGUCGGCAUCUCAAAGUACGCUCAGGAUGCUCUAGGGGAUGUAGUCUACGUUCAGCUGCCAGAGGUGGACUCAGUUAUAAAACAAGGAGAUGAAUGUGGAGCCCUAGAAAGCGUAAAAGCCGCCAGUGAAGUUUACAGUCCUGUAUCAGGACGUGUUGUAGAAAAAAAUACCGAAGUUGAAAAAACUCCGUCAUUGAUAAAUAAGUCGUGCUACGAUAAAGGUUGGCUAUUUAAAGUAGAGAUAGAAAAUGAAGAAGAAACAGAAGAACUGAUGACAGAAACAAAAUACAAUGAGUUCCUGAAAGCUGAAGCUCAUCACUAAUUAGUACUUACUCUAUUGUCCUUGAUAUUAAAAUUCAUAAAUUAUACCACCUUAAUAAAUAACGUAGGUACAUAUUUGUUUCAAUGCAAGUAUUCAAUAGGUGUAAUUAAAAGAAAUAAUAAAAUUUUGGCUGUACUUUAA